GAUUUCUACAGGAAGUGGGCACGCGAAUUCAAUAUGGCUGUCGUCUGUAGAGGAUAAGUUGUCCUAACCGAUGAAAGACUUCUGAAUUUGUAGGAUAGUUGACUCAGUUCAUUGUGUGUUAGCCGAUUCUGACGCUGUUCAGACAUGGCCCAAUGUGUUCAGUCUGUGCAAGAGUUCGUUCAGGAUUCGUUUGUCCCAAAAGUGGCCGUUUUAUGUAGUGAAGAAGCGGAGAGAGUGACUCGCAAGAACAACCUGAAUUUCGCGGAGCUGCUGAGGCCUUUUUGCAGACUAACGUCUGAAGGUCACAUACGGGACCCUAAUAACCAGGUGCAGGUUGUGAAGAACCUGCGCAUCUGUGUCAACAAUGUGAUGACAAGCCCACACAUGCCCUCUGGUGCCCUUAGUCCUGCCCAGUGCCAACUCCUCAAUGAAGUGGUGUUAUCCUGCCAGCCACAAGAGGGCGGUGGGACCAAUAUGAUCGCAGCAGGGGACUAUCAUCUCAGCUUCAGUGCAACCACGCCCUGGUUUGAAACCUACAGGGAGAACUUCCUGCAGUCAAUGCCUGCCUCCGACCACGAGUUCCUCAAUCACUACCUUGCUUGUCUACUGGUAGUGUCUUCAACUGAUGCCGUCCCUGUGGAGCAGUUCCUCAAGCUUUCUCAGGAGCAGCACAGGAUUCAGCACAGUGGAGAAUAUAUUAACCCCAAGUGGUUUAUUCCCAACACCCUCAAGUAUUAUGUCCUACUGCAUGACGUGAGCGAGGGGGAUGAACAGAGGGCAGAUAUGGUAUAUGAGGAUAUGAAACAAAGGUAUGGUUCUCAGGGCUGCUAUCUGUUGAAAAUUAAUACUCGUACCUUCUCAGCUGAAAAGGAUGAACAGAUUCCAGACCCUUGGAGUCAAUAUCUGCACAGGAAUAAUCUGCAUUACCAGCAGGAUAUGCUUGAGGAUAUAGCUCCAGCUGUUGCUGCUGUUGAGAAAAGUGUCACUGCAGCUGAAGUGGACUGCCAUGACUCAACAGAGAAAGCAGAUGGAAUGCCUAACAGGCUGGAAAGCCAUCCUCUCCAGCUGGAUACACCAAACAGCCCAGGGAGCCUGCACACCCUCAGUGCUGUCAACACUGACCUGAAGAAAUGUGCAAAAGAUCCAGAAAGUGUGACGGUGGCAGCAGGAAGCCACGGUGCAUGUCUGACCCUGAAUGAUCAUGACCACAUCAGACAGUUCAUUCAAGAGUUCACCUUUAGAGGCUUGCUGCCACACAUAGAGAAGAACAUCAGACAGCUCAAUGACCAGCUGGUUUCCAGGAAAGGUCUGAGUCGGUCUCUUUUCACUGCAACCAAGAAAUGGUUUGGUGGAGGGAAAGUUCCAGAGAAGACCAUCAGUGAACCAAAGAGCACAUGUGGCCUUCUAUAUCCCCCAGAAGCCCCUGAGCUGCAGAUCAGAAAGAUGGCUGACCUUUGCUUCCUGGUUCAGCACUAUGAGCUGGCCUACAGCUGUUACCACACUGCUAAGAAAGACUUCCUGUCAGAUCAGGCCAUGCUAUAUGCCGCAGGGGCACUGGAAAUGGCUGCAGUGUCAGCUUUUUUGCAGGCUGGAGUUCCCAGACCAUAUCCAGCACAUUAUAUGGACACUGCAAUUCAGACUUACAGAGAUGUCUGCAAGAACAUGAUGCUGGCUGAGCGCUGUGCUUUAUUUAGUGCUGAAAUACUCAAGAGUCAGGGCAAAUAUUCAGAGGCAGCAACACUUCUCAUUAAGAUGACCAGUGAGGACUCUGACCUACGCAGUGCUCUGUUGUUGGAACAGGCCGCACACUGUUUUAUUAAUAUGCGUAAUCCUAUGGUGCGUAAGUUUGCCUUUCAUAUGAUCCUGGCUGGUCAUCGUUUCAGCAAAGCAGGACAGAGGAGGCACGCACUGCGCUGUUACUGUCAAGCUAUGCAAGUGUACAAAGAGAGGGGCUGGUCUUUGGCAGAGGACCAUAUCAACUUCACAAUCGGCCGUCAGUCUUUCACACUUCGCCAACCGGAGAAUGCGGUAAUAGCCUUCAGACAGCUCCUGACCAGUGACAGCAGACAGACAUCCACACAGCAGGGUGCCUUUCUCAGAGAAUAUCUCUACGUUUACAAGAGUGUGACAGAGGAAAAUGAUGUCAGGCUUCCCCAGCUGCCUCUUCCCUGCAUCCACAACUCAGCCACAAGGGUCUACUUUGGACAUGAACGCCGCCUUGCAGAAGGGGAAAAGCAGGCAGCCACUCAUGUGUCACUGGACCAAGAAUAUGACCAGGAUUUGGCAACUAUGUGGUGCCACCUAGAGGAGCAGCUUGUGGCAGCUGCCAACCGUGGGAUUGUCCCAGUAAAUUUCCAGCCCACUCAGUGCUGCCUGAACAGCCAGACAGACAACCUGCGCCAUCCACUGGCUGUGAUGGAGGAACCAAUCAUAGUGGAGUUGACUUUCAGGAACCCUCUGAAGGUUUCUCUGGCUCUGUCCGAACUCUCACUCCUCUGGAGUUUCACUCCAGGUGGUGCAUCUCCAUCGAAAGAGGAAAUGACUGAGGAGUUGACCAUCACCAAUGAGGAAAUCCUGCCUCUAGGGAUAACAAAUAAAGAUGACAUCAUCACCACUGAGGUCAUCCUGGAGUUUCACAUGGGUCCAGAGGAGACAAAAAUGGCUCGACUCAGGCUGUUGCCACACAGAACAGGCCAGCUGAACAUUGUGGGUGUGGUGUACAACCUAGCUGCAACCUCCUCUGGAGAGAUGGCUCCCAGCAAUGAAACCCAGCAGACACUGGAAUUGAUGACAGUCCGUGGCAAACAGGACCUGAAGAUCCAGGGCCCUCGACUAAAUCAGACCAAGGAGGACAAGAUGUUAGUUCGACAUGGUCCUGAUCAACGUCUGAGUCCCAUUAUAACACCACCCAUGCCUUUAAUGGAGGUCUUCUUCCUGCAGUUUCCCACUGCUCUGCUUUGUGGUGAGGUCAGAAAGGCUUACGUUGAGUUCUGUAACGUCAGCUGUGUUGCCUUGUGUGGCCUUCGAGUGGUGUCCACACACCCCGAUUUCUUUACCUUUGGCAGCCAAGCCACACCCUCCACAUCCCUCAGCCCAACCUCAGCUGAAAACAGCUCUGCCUAUAAAACCACUGCCCCACCCACCCAGGCAGGCUUAGUGUUAUCUGAGAUGGUGGUUCCAGCUGAGGAUUUCAGCCAACCGUCCAGAGUGGUGGAGAUUCCAAUAGAUGGCAGCACGUUGCAACCAGGGGAGUCCACCCAGCUUCCUCUGUGGCUCAGAGGACCAGACCAGGAGGGAGUCCAUGAAAUCAAUUUCCUGUUCUACUACGAGAGCACAGACAAAGGAAACAAAAUCAGUCAUCGGGUGUUACGCCACACAGUGUUUAUCUGUGCAAGUCGGUCUCUGAGUGUGCAGGCAUUGGCUUGCCGCAGCAGUGUUCCUCCACAUCAUAGUAUGGAUGACAAAGAUGGUGGCGGAAUGCUGGUCUUUAUUGAUGUGGAGAACAUCAGUAUGAGUGAAGCUGGUGCCCGUGAGUUCCAUAUUGUCCAGGUGUCUAGCAGCAGUCAGUACUGGCACCUCCACAAGUGUAUCAACCCAGCAGAGGAAAAAGACAGUAAACUCACCAGCAGAGAAAGAGCCAAGCUGUGUUUCAAGGCCACACAAUGCAAGACCCACCAAGCUACCACAGAUGCCAUUGAGAAAUUCACCUUUGCAGACCUGAAUCUGGGAAAAGAAAUGAUCAUCAGUUCUUCCACACCUUGUGGAGAUUUUUUCUUUCGUGGCUUUCACGCUUCAGAAUCUCAGGAAGUGAAUAUUACAUCAUCUGGCAGCAAGAGUCAAAGCUGUGUCCUGACUGAAGACAGAGCCUCUGACAUUACCAACAUUGUCAAGAAGUGUAAUGAGCUGGAUCUCAACAUUAUCGUCAUCUGGAAGGCCUAUGUGGUAGAGGACAACAAACAGCUGAUCUUAGAGGGCCAGCUCCAUGUGGCACUACACACUAUCGGAAAAGAUGCCAGUUCUCUCACUCCGAGAGAGGAAGCUCAGGAGAUGGUGCUGCUCAAGUUUAAAUCAGAGCUGCCUCCUCCAGUCAUCUUCUCCCCUGCAGAGCUGUCCCAACUUAUCAAAACCAACCUGCACUAUCCUCAGACCUACACGCAUCCGUUUGUCCAGCAUAGUCUCUGUGUGGUGCCAGUUACUCUCACUCUGUCCAACUGUUCCUUGUCUCAACUGGAUGUCAAUAUUGACUUGCGACACAAAAGCACCAGCACAGAGUUUGUGGAGGUCCACAGCUCAUUCACCUGGGUGGGUCAGACCCAAUAUAAGCUGCAGCUGAAGCCUAAGGAGGUACUGUGCCUCGCUCUGCGAGCCUGUUUCCUCCAGGCAGGAGUCUACAACCUCAACACGUCACGAGUCUUAGCCAAGCCAAAAGAGCAGGGGGCCAUGUGUGAGACAAUUCAGCAGACAGUUAGUCCUGCUCUGAUAGUCAUCAACAAUGCCUGAGGAGAUCAUGGUAUACAGACUCUGUGAACACAGAAGCCACUGAGCAUAGUCCUCUAAACACAUGACCUUACUUGUUCUUCUUGAUUAAUGCCGGACAGCACAGGAAACAUAUGAUUUGUACCAAAUACUAAUAAAGAAAAAGGUUUUUAGAAACUUAUUAGCUGAUGUUACAGAUGAUGUGGUCAGACAGUGUAUGGCGCUCACAUGUAAAUUGCUUUUUCUGUACAAGCCCACAGGUUUACCUUGCCACCAUCCCAUCGUGACAUUUUAAAAAGAACUGUUCACAUCCUGAAUAUUGUACCCCAUCUUCCUGUCCAUUAUCUGUUAUUUCCCUCUGUCAGUACAACAGACAAUUACCUCAUGUUCAUACAGUAGAGUUACUGCUGACCUGUCAGCUUACCCCCUAACCUGUGUGUUUAACCUCACCGAGUUCUUGUAUGCAUUGACAGCUUUUCUGAAAUAUAUGUAUUAUAUUUCUGUACCAAAUUGGAUGUACAUAGAAAAUAAAAAUGUAACUAAUAAUAGUGUA